CUCACCUGAAUUUUCAUUCCCAAACCGUCGCAGCGCCGACCUGUUUUGAGUCCUCUAAUCCUGUGGUCAUCAAUGAAGGAGGAAACGAAUUUCUUAAAGAAAAAUUUAAUUCAACUCCUGCCGACUUCCCCGGAGUUCUGAGGCGCUCACUGCAUUCCGUAGCCGCUUUUUGUUUUUAAGUCUGACCUGACCCGCAUGGUGGGCAGCACAGGAAUUAGCCCUGCCACGUCGCAUUCCCACGGACAAGGGGCUCGAUUGUCCAUCAACUUCGACUAGGUGGCACCCUUUUGUGUGUCCUAACAGGGAUGUCUCACACCGGAGGAGUCAACUCGGCGGCACAUGAGGACCGGGAGUCCAGUGGAUGUUACCUGAAAAUGAAGCGUCCGUCCCUUCGUAUGGUGGAUGGAGUGCCAAUGGCCUCGACCUUCCUUGAAACAACUGGAAAGAUUCAAAACUUCCAGGCCAAGCCGGACGAUGUUCUGAUUGUUUCCUACCCCAAAGCAGGUACAAUGUGGAUGAUUGAAAUCGUGGACUGCAUUCGCAGAGGAGGAGUCACCAAAGAAAUUCAAACGCUGCCCAACUUAAGACGAGCUCCAUUCCUGGAGAUUGCAGCUUCAGAACUUUUACCCUCAGGUGUGGACCUCCUGGAAGCCAUGCCAUCACCUCGACUGGUGAAAAGUCAUUUGCCAGUGAAGAUGCUACCCCGGUCCUUUUGGGACAACAACUGCAAGAUUGUCUACGUUGCCAGGAAUGCCAAGGACAUCCUCGUUUCCUACUAUUUUUUUCAUAAGAGUCGUGUUGCAGCUCCAGAUCCGGGAACCUGGGAAGAAUUUUUUGAGAACUACUUGUCUGGAAAUGUGGGUUUUGGCUCCUGGUUUGAUCAUGUGACCACCUGGUGGGACAUCAGGGAGAAACACCCCAUCCUAUAUGUGUUUUACGAGGAUAUUAUACAGGAUCCCGUGCGGGAGGUGCAGAGGGUGGCCCGUUUCCUGGGUAAGACGCUGGAGAAAGAUGUCAUCAGUGAGAUAGUGGAGCACACCUCCUUUAAUAAGAUGAAGGACAACCCCAUGACUAACCACUCCACGAUGCCGCCUUCUAUGAUGAACCUGCAGAUCUCGAGAUUCAUGAGGAAAGGAAAAGUCGGCGACUGGAAGAACCACCUGACUGUGGCCCAGAAUGAGAGGUUUGAGGAGGAGUACAAACGGCGCAUGGCUAAGACCUCACUGCACCUCAGAGACGAACUCUGAACCUUGGGGUGGGAGCAGAAGAGGUCAGCAGAUGGUCCGGACUGGACUGGACUGGACUGUAGCUGUGGGUUCAACCCCUCGGUCCCUCCAUUGUAAUCGAAUGCUAGCAAUAAAGUGAUUCUGAAUCUUAAUGGGAGUUGCAGGGCACAAUGUGAGAGGCAUGGGUUCAAGGCAGCGGCCAACCCUGCACAGUCCAGGCCUGCUGACCAACCAAACAUUUCAAUUUCAAGUCAAUUCAGCGCAAUUUAUUCUUAUUUGAUGAUCUUCAUAAAGACGGACGCAGAGUCCCUGGGCUGCAAAUAACAAAUUCAUAAAAAGAGAGAAAUAACGCCGGGCAAUGCAAGAUAAAUACACAGAAAUAAUACAAAUGAAACAGUCAUCAAGUGAUACUCACAAUGCUGAGGGGUGAUCAUCCACUCAUUUCUGGGGGUCUCAGAAUUGUGCUGUUGGACAAUGGAGGGGGAUAAUAAAGACAAUGGCUGGGGGGGUGUGUGUGUGGAAAACAUUGCGAAAGGCGACUUGCAGCAGGAGGAAGACGAGGGCACUGAUACUUAGCUGUGUUCACAUCCUUCUAUUAUGGGGUAUUUGCUGUAAAGUCACCCCUGCCUGGUACCUGGCAUGGGCCAAUCAUAAACAAGCCAGGUGUCACCUGAUUGCUGCCAACCAAUCAUAAUGUUUAACCGUUGUAGCCGAUGCGAGCCAUUGUAAGUCUUCUGUUAAACUGUCACAUUCCCUUUGGCACAAGUAAAAGACCUGACUGUCCA